AAGGCAGAGUCUUUGUUAGAAGUGCGACAUGACAGGCGUGCACGCGGAUUGUUGGUUGAAGUUUUUUAGAACUUUGAUUCCUACCGAUUGCUUUUAAGUGUAAAAGUGUUUGCAAAUGCUAUAGCUUUUAAAGCCUUGAAUCAUUGCCUUAUUCCUAAUUUUCAUUUCUUAUUUCAUUUGAAUAUUGUUUCGCUUUUAUUCAUUUGAACUUGAUCAUUGCAGUCACUUGUCCUCCGACGUACUUCAAUACUUUAUUUAAUUAAAACAUCUAAAGAAUUAGCUAUUUAUCGUGAACAUUUUUUCUUAAAAAUGUCUCCAGGAACAUCAUCGGAAGAUGUUUUGCUCAUGGUGAAUCAUGUGCAUCAUAAGAAAAAUGAUGGAACUUUAUAUUUAAUGAACGAGCGAAUCGCAUGGAUGACAGACGGUAAAGAUACUUUCUCUAUUAGCCAUAAAUAUGCCGAUAUAAAAAUGCAAAAGAUUUCUCCUGACGGAAAAUCCAAAGUGCAACUUCAAGUCGUUUUGCACAGCGGCGAUAAUACAACUUUUCACUUUGUAAAUCCUAUGGGCACUAACUCACAGUUGCAAGACCGUAAUAACGUCAAGGAAUAUCUUCAACAAUUGCUGCCAAAGUUUAAAAGGAAAAUUCAUAAAGAGCUGGUAGAAAAAAACAAUAUUUUAGCCAAUGAUCCUGUUUUGUUCCAAUUGUAUCGUGAUCUUGUUGCUACGCAAGUCAUAACUGCUGACGAGUUUUGGGCAAAUUAUGCUAAGAAACCUAAUCAAAAUUCCACAGUAAACUCGGAGCAGCUUGUAGGUGUUUCAGGAUCUUUUCUUAUUGGAAUAGCCCCACAAACUGACGGAUCUUGUGGCAUAAAAUAUAACAUUACUCCUGAAAUAAUAGAUUCUAUAUUUAGGACCUAUCCUGCUGUAAAGAGGAAACACAUGGAAAAUGUCCCUCAUAAAAUAUCUGAAAGUGAAUUUUGGACGAAAUUUUUCCAGUCUCAUUAUUUUCAUAGAGAUAGGUUGCAUAUUAAUUCCAAAGAUUUAUUCUCUGAAUGUGCGAAAAAUGAUGAGCAAGAUGUGAAAAAGGCAAUUGAUCAAGGCAUUCCUGAUCCUUUUGUGGAUGUUACAUCUUUUGAAGAAGAUAAAUUAAUUGAUGAUCGUGUGGUGGUAAAUGCACAAAAUACCCAAAAAGAGAUCAAUCAGUCGAUGAUCCGCCGUUUUAAUCAUCACUCCAUGAUGGUUCUCCAAAGCUGUACUAAAAGGAAAGCUGAUGAUGUGGCUAAUGGGCCUGAUCCUAAAAAACCUGCAACUACUAGAAAAAAUUGUGCUACUCCUACUCCUCAGAAUGUUCUACCUCUGUGUGAUGCUGAAAAAAAUUCAAAAAAAGAAAUGGUUGAAAGCAAAACUACAUAUGAGGAUCUAAUUUGUGAUGUUAAGCAGAAUGUGAGCACACUUAAUUUGAGUAAAAUUAAUGGUUAUCUGAGUGGCCCAACUCCUGCUAUAGAUUCUGAAGAUUUAUAUCCGGAAGACGUGAUUAUGUCUGUAAAUCACUUGAAUCAUUCUAUUGGUGGAUGGAAGCCAGAUUUGCCAAAUGUCCUAGCACCCAGUUCGGCUAUUCUUGCAUUAGGGGAGUUAAUGCCUGGGGGAACAUUGAUGAAAAAUAUUGAUGGAACGCAUUUGAAAGACACGGUCCCUGUGGAAAUACAGAAUGAGAUGAAACAAUUGUAUUGUGCCCUCUCGGAACUUUUGCGACAUUUUUGGUGUUGUUUCCCUACAACGACACCUCAGUUAGAAGAAAAAGUUACAUCAAUGCAGGGAAGUCUGCAAAGAUUUGAAUAUGCUAAACUACAACCCUUUCAGGAAAAAUUGUCUAGGAAUUGCUUGCCCUUAAAUCUGUCGGACCACAUGAGAAGCUUAUUGCAGGCUGCAUACAAGAAAUAUGCAACCUGGCAAAGCAAGCUAAACAGAUGAUAAUUACUGAAAAUUAAGUAUUAUUAAAGCAUUUGGUUCAUUUAUGGAAACAAUAUAUACUUUAAGACUAUAUAUUGAUUUGUUUCCAACAUUUUAAAUAGUUUUAGUGGUUUAAUUUUGUAGUAUUUUUAUUACACAUUAUUUUAUCUGUUACACAUUGUCAUCUUGUUGAAAGUGAAAACUGUUUACAGCUGUGUAUUCAAACUGUUGAAUUUGUUUUAGUUUAUUCAAAACAUAAUUGGUUUUAUAUAUCAAAUAAAACUUGU